AUGUUUUACCUAUUGAGAUCAAAUAUCCGGAUUAUUUCAAGAACCCCUUGUCAUUACAGGAGCUUUGGGGUCUGCGUCGCAGCUAACAAAUCGAUUUCCGAAAACAUCAAGCAUACCGCCGAUACCAUCAACCACAAGCUCGGGGAUAUCGCUAUCAAUAUUUUGGAUAAAGCAGAACUGGCGGCCCAGAAGACAAAGAAAACGAUGGAUAGUGUGUCGCACAAAUCUGGAGAACAGUUUGGCGAGGCAAAGGAUAAAUUGAAGCAUGAAGCAGAUGCAAAAUUAAAGACAAGUAAAAACCGGGAGGAGUCAAGCACCCCCGAGGUCAAGAAGAAUUUCAAAGGCUAUGACAGUUUGGCCGAUAAGGGGAAGAAAGUAGAGAGUGAACAAAAUAGAGCCGAUGAUGGUUUGUAG